AUGGGGGUGGUCAAUCUUGUACCAGUCACCGAUAUACGCCGCUCAACUUUCACCGCCAGCACCAUCCGCAGUGGCUGGAGGCGUACAGGCUUGCACCCAUUCAAGCCAGACCUGGUCAUCAACGAGCUCAAAGCAUAUGAGGGGAUUGAUGCGGACGAGCGGCAUGAGCAACAGGAGGACUGGGUUGUUGCAAUUGAGCAUCAGCAUCAGGACUGGAAUGUCUCAGUUCAGCGUACAACACCGGACCUGCAGUCUUCUGACAUUGAACGAGCGCUUGGCAACACACCUGUACGGUCUAUAAAGCGCCUAAAAGAGACUCCACGAGGUUUCUCAACAAGCAUGAAGGUCCGCUGGGCGCUUAGCAAUGCGCAACUGGUGAAGGACCCAGCACCACCAGCAGAUGCUUUCAUGCGGAUUCAGCCUCCGCCAGUGAACCCAAUGCAAGCGUUGGACAGCAGCAAUGAUGAUAGGCCUUACCAGCGCUUAAUUUUCGAUGACGGGCUGCCCAAAAUGGACUGGCAGGUACCUAAAAGUGUACUUGAAGUUGAGUUACAAAGCCGAGCUGUCCACAAGGCGCUCAGCAAUCACCCCCCAGGUCAUCUGGCUGUCCCCGUGUUGCGCCAUUUCCAAGGUUUAUCAGCGCUUGCACGCAUUGCUGGAGGCCUCCAGCAGCAACUAUUAGACACACAGGCUGCAGAGUCAGCUCGUGCAGAGCGUCGUAGGCGUGGCCGGCGUGCUGUUCAAGGUGUUGUAGGUGGGCCUGUACGCCCGGAGGAUGUGCGCGCAAUGAAGGAGCAGCGCAAGUUAGAUGCCAUUUACUCCAUACAGCGCGAGCUUGAGACACGGCUGUCCACUGAGCGCCUGCGGAUCAUCAACAAAUGGAAGAAGCUGCGCCCAACGCUGCGCAACCAAGGCAAGUAA